GGGUAUGUUUUCCUCUCACGACUGCAACAAAAACAAAGCGCUCGCAUCGCGGAAUUUUGGUUCCGCAUCUGUCGUGGUUUUCGGUUAAUUUUCUCUGUUUAUUUUAUUUUGGCCGUUUGCGCCAGUUUGGAAUCCGUUAGCUGAGCACACCCGGGAAUGGCCUCGACCAAGAAUUCGCACCAGGCCAUUAGCACCAUGUUUCAGCUCAGCACUAAUUACGAGGAACUCAAUGAGAUAGGCACAGGGGCUUAUGGCACUGUAUACAGAGCGCGUGAUCUCAACAACGAAGGUAAUAUUGUGGCCUUGAAAAAGGUUCGGGUGGCCCUGACCGAAGAUGGAGUUCCUAUGUCAACGCUUCGAGAAAUAGCGUUACUCAAACAACUGGACGCCUUUCAGCACCCGAAUGUAGUGAAAUUGUUGGAUGUUUGUCACGGGCCACGACUGGAAAGAGAAGGUCAGCUUGUAUUGUUUCUUGUUUUCGAACAUCUGGAGCAGGACUUGGAUAAUUAUAUCAAAAGACUCCCACCAGGAGGCAUGCCUCGUAUGACAAUACAGCGUCUUUCUCGAGAAUUGCUCACUGGAGUGGAUUUCCUCCACUCGCACCGUAUCAUUCACCGUGAUUUGAAACCUCAGAAUCUCCUCAUCUCGGCCCAGGGUCGACUUAAGCUGGCCGAUUUUGGUCUCGCUAAGACUUAUGACUUUGAAAUGAAACUAACAACGGUUGUCGUUACUCUAUGGUAUCGAGCACCUGAGGUACUGCUCGGAGAACCAUACAACAGUUCGGUUGAUAUAUGGAGCUCCGGAUGCAUCAUAGCGGAAAUGUUUCAACGGGUAGCUCUUUUCCCAGGAACAUCGGAAGGUAACCAAUUAGAAAAGAUUUUUGAGCUUACUGGUCGACCAUCAGAGAGUCAAUGGCCCCGUGGUAUUUCGGUAGCGAGGGAAAAUUUCAGACCUACAGUACAACGUGAACCGCGCGAGCUUUGUCCUAAGUUGUGUGAUUUUUCUAAUGAUCUGAUUAGAAAAAUGUUGGCAUUUAAUCCCCGAGAGCGGCCUUCCGCUUUUCAGUGUUUAAAACAUGCAUAUUUCACCCAGGAACCGAUGUAAACGUAAGACAGUAAAAGUAAACCAUUUGAGUGUUAAGUGCCGAAACAUAUCACACCCAAUAGUGAUAAUCCAAUCGAAAAGAUAGAUACUGCCAUAUCAAUCACAAAUCAGAUUUCAAACAAGUUCAAAAACAUAUUUCUAACGAUCAUUUUAAAAUAAAUCAUAUUUUAGAUUUCACUCAUUUCAAACCAUAUUUGUUCUGAAAAGAAA